AUGGAGCUAGACAAGUGUGUGGAAACCUUGCAUUUCCUUCGGUCGACAGCUGAGUUGGAAUAUUCAUCGCAGUUCAACGUUUUGGGAUCACAUCGGUACCGGGGAGCGGAUGAGAUGCAGCUUCAUUUUGCGGCUAUUGUGAGCCCCUACGUGUUUGAAAUAAUUCGGACGGAAUACGACCCUUUCAAGAGCGGCACGCUUUCGUAUGAAGUUCGGUGGAUCCAGGACGAGUUAGUUCAUUUGAAAUCCUCAAAGACCACGCAAGAGUACUCCGUGAAUAUUUUG